UUAAUCGUGUCGGUUGUAAUGUUUACCAAACUAUUUUAAGAUGUUUUUGUUCUUUCUUCUUUUCAACGCGUAUGCGGACGCGUCGCAAUUGUUACCGAAAUGUUGCCAAGUCGAUGAAGAGGUCCAUUUGAAUGUCACUUUUCAGUGCAGACGUGAUGUUGGUAGAAGAUGGCAAAUAUUUACCAAUGAAACACAGUUUUUCAGUAGGAACGUUAGUGGUGUUUGUAACGAUGCUUUUAACGAUAAGUUUACUUAUUUUGGAGUGAAAGAUGGGAGUAAAAUUGAGAUACUUAACAGUACCAUUAAUACGGACUUUUUGUCUAAAUGUUGCCCCUGGAAUUACGCAUACAACUCUGUAAAACACAGCUGCGAAGAGUCCAAACAAGACGGAAUAUUUACAGGUGUUUUUCGUGUGGGUUUACCUCACUGCAGUGUAAUAGAGGAUAUAACUCACGGUCACGAUAACCCCCCUUUUCAAGAGAUUAAUAAUUUUAACAUUAUUUUGAACAACACCAACAAGGAAAUCAGUAAAAAUAAUUACUGCAGGGACAAAGUUAGCGAGAGUUUAAAUGUAUUAAGGAUAUGUUUAGAUGACUUGGAUGUUUGUGAUAAAAAACGAUGCAUCAGAAAAUGCUGCCCUGAUGGACAAAGUUUUGUGAAUGGAAAAUUUUGUAAAAAUACUUAUGUUAGAGGGAUCGAUUUGGAGUUUAUUGGAAAUAUAGAAAAUCCAAAUGGUAAGAGUAUGAGUUUACGGUGGGUUUUGACAAAAAAUUACUUUUUAGGUUCCCAUGUAUUAGUUCAUGGUUAUCAAGGCAGGCCCACUAUUUUACCAAGAAAUGAUAAAAACCACAAACUCUUCAAAAAUGGCACAUUUUUGGAAAAUUAUAAUAACCAAACGCAAUUGUUUUUAAUACAUGAUGGCGCAUACUGCAUUGAACAUGCAGUGAAAAAAACUAAGAAACUGAACAUAGAUAAUUAUGCAUUAUUUCUAAUAUUACCAUUAGAAAUAAAAGCUAAACCCAUACCAUUAAAGAUCAUAAUUAACCGAUACUUACUAUGCAUAUCUUGUUCAUUCUUGUUUUUAACCAUAGCUUUCUACACUGUAUCAAAAGAGAUUGAAAAAUUAUUUGGAAAAACCUUAAUAUCGCUAUGUGUAGCCCUACUGGUAACUUUUAUUUUGCUGAUAUACCUAGGAUUUCAUCAGGCACCACCAAAAAAAAUAUGCUUAAUUUUGGGCUUUAUUUUAAUCUAUUUUGGAUAUUGCUGCUUUACAUGGUUAAAUGUUAUGUGUUUUGAUAUAUUCUGGACGUUCGGUUCGCCGAAACAAUUUAAAGGAUUUCAAAAACAGGCUCAGGAUAAAAAGAGAUUUUUCCUUUAUUGCUUGUAUGGCUGGGGCUUUUCUUUAUUGUUAUUUUUAAUCACGCUUUUGUUUUAUUUCGUUGACGUGUUACCGGAAACGGUUAAAAUACACAUCGGGGAAACAAAAUGUUUAAUAGAAAAUCCCUAUGGAAAUUUUGCUGAUAUUGUUUUUACAGUCAUACCCAUAUUUUUAAUGGAAAUAGUGAAUGUGGUUUUGUUUGUAAAAACUAUAAUGUAUUGUUUGAAAGUCAAAAAUGAGAUAAACAAAAUGAAUGAUAAUAACGAAAGUAGUACAAGUAGGAAGAAAAAAUUUAAUGCAAAUAAAGAGAGAUUUUUAUUAAUAAUAAAAUUGUUUAUUAUAAUGGGAACAUCGUUUUUGUUUGAAGUGGUCUCUUCAUUUUAUAAUUUCGGGAAAAAUGAUGUCACCAAGUACAUUGAAAUUAUAUGGGAUAUAUUAAAUAGCCUUCAAGGUGUGUUUAUAUUCAUUAUAUUUGCAUGUAAGAGAAAAAUAAUACAAAAAUGCAAACUACGUUUCUACAAAGACGAACGAAGAACUUCUUUAUCAUCGGGCCAAACACAAACCACCUCGUGCGGAAAUAACUUAAAAACCACAUAAAGUAUAUGGAA